AUGUCGGGGAGUGACAGCGAAAGUGGCAUUGACAGCACUCCACAUAGUGCGGUAAGCACACCCCAAAGACAUUCCAAAAAUAAAAAGCCAGUCUCGAAGAAAAAUGUGGAUUUCUCUAAUCCCAAAGAAGAGCUGCAAAAUGAAAUGAAAGUGCAAUACAAAGCAGGUUCCCAAGAUUCCACCAGGGCCAAACAGAACCAGAUUUAUGCCGGCGUCCAACUAUCGCCGAAGGUUCUUACCCAGAAAGGAGAAGGUUCACCAAUAGAGAACAAAGACCGUAUCGCCGUAUUUUCAGAAGAAAAUUACAAAACCCAAAGAAAUUAUACAGCAACUAAUGAACUACCUCCACAGGAAGACCUCUCAGAAGGAAAAUCACCACUUCAUGGGGCCAUUGACACAGCGGUUACUCAUAAACCAUUAAAGGCAGGGAAACAGACGUUCAGGUGGAACCUUAUAUUUAACCUUCUCUUCUGGAUCAUCGUCCCAAUGCCUGUGUGGGUGCCGUUUGUGUCACAGACCGUCGCCUGGUACUUAAUUCCCGCUGUCCAGGCUGUGUUUGUCUUCAUGUGGGUGGUCGUGGUUACCUUGGCCUGCAAGAACAUGAUUGUCCUUUACAUGAACAAAAAUAAAGAUUUCCGAGAAGACUAUCCCGACUACAUUGAAAUCCGCCACCUGGUGGUUAUCAGCUGUUACAAGGAACCAGUAGAACUGAUUGCAAGAAGCGUUCAGACUUUAGCAGACCAGACCGAAGUCGGGCGCAUCUCCAUGUUGAUUUCAUUUGAAGAAAAGACACCGGAAGUGCAAACCAAAUGCGAUAAACUUCGCGAAAUUUUUAAGGAUGCUGGUUUCGAGCGUCUAAUCCUCAACAUUCACCCCUUUGGUCUUCCAAAUGAGAUCCCAGGAAAGUGCUCCAAUGUUAAUCACGGCCUCCGGCAGGCGACACAGGUAAUGCAAGAGGAGCUUGGGGCAUACUUCGAUGCUGAAAAGAUUAUUGUUACCAAUUCUGACGCCGACACACACUUCCACCCUAGCUACAUCGCAGCUCUGACUUCCAAGUUCAUAAAGGAGAAAACCCCACAUGGAGUCAUAUUCCAGGCACCCUUGUUCUACAACUGGGGUUUGGAUGGAAGUAGCUUUGUCACCCGUGUAACCGGCCUUCUGCGCACCACUCUGAUGAUGGGGGCUCUGAUCCCAUUCAACAUCAAUUCCAUGAGCAUUUUCUCCUUUUCCUUGCGUCUGUGUAUUGACGGAAACUUUGGUCACCCUGCAUACCAGAUGGAGGAUAUUAUCUGCCUCAUCCGAUGGAUGGGCAUAACUCGUCGCCGCCUCCGUAUUCCGAUGAUUCCGGUCCCCGUCAUCAGCGGACCCACAUCCGGUGAGACCGUGGAGCUAGAAGUGGCUGAGUGGGCGCGUCAAGCCAGAAGAUGGACCAUUGGUGCCGCUGAAGUUUUCCACUACUACGUGAUGAAAGCCGGUCGCAUGCCGUUCUGGCCUGCCUUCUCCUGGGGUCUUUGUUUCCUUUCUUACUACGGCGUCCUGCUCUGCUCGGGAGGUUUGUACGGUAUCUCUGCCGGUUUGUCUAUGGCUUUCCUGGUGAAAGACGCACCGUUCUACAUUAACUACGCGAUGUACGGUUUGGCUGGGCUCCAGCAACUCGCUUUUCUUUGGGUCUUCAUGAUGGACGUAUUCGGACCAAGGCUGAUGAAGGUCAAAGAGCAUAUUAGUUUCGUUCGUAACUUUCUUCAUUUUCUCCUCACUCCGCUGGUGCUACUAGGGUACUCCUUGGUGGAGUUCUACGCUCUGCACGAAGUUGCUGUCAGAGGAAAAGAAGUCUGCAAACAUGGCGCCUCAAAGAAGAGUGCGCUGGGAGUUGUCUCAUCAACAGUUUAG